AAGCCCCGCCCAUCCUCAUUGACGGUAAAAUGGCGACAGAGAACUGUAAUUCAGUGAACACGGAGCCUGACAUGGAACUGCUCAGUGACGAGGAAAUAGAAAGGGAAGCUGAGGGCUUCAAAGAACAAGGCAAUGCUUUUUAUAUCCAGAAGGAUUACACCGAGGCAUUCACUUAUUACACCAAGGCUAUUGAUAUGUGUCCGAAAACUGCAAGUUACUAUGGAAACCGAGCAGCCACACUAAUGAUGUUGUGCCGGUACCGAGAGGCUUUAGAAGACUCUCAGCAAGCAGUACGACUAGACAACACCUUCAUGAAGGGUCAUCUGCGAGAGGGUAAGUGCCACCUCUCUCUCGGCAAUGCAAUGGCUGCUCGGCGCUGUUUCCAAAAAGUUCUGGAACUGGAGCCGGAUAACACUCAGGCCCAGCAGGAGGUAAAGAAUGCAGAAUCCAUUCUUGAAUAUGAGAAAAUGGCAGAGAUUGGCUUUGAGAAGAGAGACUUCAGAAUGGUGGUGUUUUGCAUGGAUCGUGCCUUGGAGUGUGCAUCGGCUUGUCACAAGUUUAAGAUACUGAAGGCGGAGUGUUUGGCCCUGCUGGGACGAUACCCAGAGGCUCAGUCUGUUGCUAGUGAUAUUCUCCGAAUGGACUCCACUAACGCAGAUGCUCUGUAUGUGCGUGGUCUCUGUCUGUACUACGAGGACUGCAUCGAUAAGGCGGUCCAGUUCUUCGUGCAGGCCCUGCGCAUGGCUCCCGACCACGACAAGGCUCGGCUUGCGUGUAGGAAUGCUAAAGCACUAAAAGCAAAGAAGGAGGAAGGGAACAAGGCGUUCAAGGAGGGAAAUUUCGAAGCAGCUUAUGAGCUGUACUCUGAGGCACUAACAAUAGACCCCAACAACAUCAAGACCAAUGCCAAGCUGUACUGUAACAGAGCCACUGUUGGAUCUAAGCUGAAGAAACUAGAGCAGGCCAUUGAAGACUGCUCAAAGGCCAUUAAACUGGACGAGACCUACAUCAAGGCCUAUUUAAGGAGAGCACAGUGCUACAUGGACACAGAGCAGUACGAAGAGGCAGUGAGGGACUAUGAAAAGGUCUACCAAACAGAAAAGACAAAAGAACACAAACACCUCCUCAAAACGGCUCAGCUGGAGUUGAAGAAAAGCAAGAGGAAAGAUUACUACAAAGUGCUCGGUGUGGAGAAGAACGCCACAGAAGACGAGAUCAAGAAAGCGUACCGCAAACGUGCUCUUUUACAUCACCCAGACCGUCACAGUGGCGCUAGCUCUGAGGUGCAAAAGGAAGAGGAGAAAAAGUUUAAAGAGGUGGGCGAGGCUUUCAGCGUGCUUUCAGACCCAAAGAAAAAGGCUCGCUAUGACAGCGGGCAGGACCUCGAGGACGAUGGCGCGAACAUGGGAGAUUUUGACGCUAAUAACAUUUUCAAGGCGUUCUUCGGAGGACCAGGAGGAUUCAGCUUUGAAGCAUCUGGACCAGGGAAUUUCUUUUUCCAGUUCGGCUAAUUGGAGGAGCCGCCUACAUAAACCAUUACUACAUCAGGAUUUUGCUACAAUGUCGACCCCUCAACCCAUCAUUUGUAUUUAUUGACUGACUGCAAGUCAGAAUCUUGUCUAUGCCGUUGACUGAAUGAAUGCAAACCAAUGACCACACGCAGCAAAUUAUUUAACGGCCUUUAAAGCAAGGAUAUCAAGAUGGCUCAGACUGAGAAGCGUUACUGGUUUUAUCACUUAGUUCACAUCCUUGCGCGACGAAACAAACUUGAAAAUCAGUAAUGGCUAGCAGCACUGGUCCAAAAAGUCUCUGAGUUUUUGAUAAAGGAGAAAACGUGUGCAGCUGAGCUUCUUGGGAUCCGUGCAGGAAGUGUCAUUCUGGGGAAACUCGAGACGCAACGAGCAAGCUAUUAAUCCAGCUCAUCUCAACUUCCUGCGUAGGGAGUUCUCUGUAUGAAAGUUGGUAACUUGAUCAGUGGUUUCUGAUGAAAAUCACUGAGCAAGCAGCACCUCCCCUUUAUAAACAAUCUGUCAGAUCGACAGAGAGCUGCUACAAAUUCGCACUGAAAGCUGCCUCUUCGUCAUAGCCUAUGGGAGCACUCCUUUUUUUUUUUGUUUUGUUUUUUACAAGUAAGAGCUGGAGCCUUAGACCUUCACAUUCUGCACGGUCAAAGCACACUAGAAAGACGGCAGUGGAGACAAGUGCCGGCUUUGUCGUCCCUUUUUGUCGUCACCGGUUUUACGUCGUUGCCAUUCACAGCUUGCUGCAUUGUACAUUUUACUGGAAUGUAAAGUGUUGAUUU